AUGUUGGCUCUCGCGCGCCCGCCCGGGAUGAGCUCGCAUCAAGAUUCAGCCAAAGACGAUAGUCCCUUCGGCUAUACCUUCUCCGGCCACAUCGACAACGCCGCCGCCUCCGAAAACGUCACGGCUGCUGGCCCGCCGCUGCUGAGCGACUACCAGUUCAACGAGCUCCAGUCCUUCUUCGACCGCGGCCCGUUCAACAACUUCGACAGCGCCAUCCCCUUCCCCGACCCCGCCCACGAUCCCUCCAACAACUUCGACUUCUCCUUCUUCGACGAUGCCCCGACUACCCUGCACGGCACCUCCGCCGCCAUCCCGGAGCCUGCGCACAACCAGAACCUGUUUCCAGCCAUCGAGCCCCGUCCUGGGCCGAGCUACAGCGCAGCGAGGAACAACGAUCUCCAUGGUGGCGCUUCCGAUGAGGUGAUCGGCGCUGCGACGGCUCUCCUCUCGAGCGCACAACCCCAGGAACAAAUGUACAUGGACAAGGCGUAUCUGAGUGGGGGCAACUUCAUAGGCCUGCCGAGCCCUCCGGCAUCGGCACCAGACCAGCACAGCCUGACAGCAUCGGCCAACGAUGGAAGUCUGGCCGUGGGCGUGCCGCUGUUCAACCCCCCGCGUCCCCCGCUUUCCGCCCGUCAUAGCGUCUACGCUACCCAAGUAGCUUCAUCUUUCCAGCGCCCCGCAGGACUGCCACGCUUCGGCUCCGACAGCAAUUUCCGUGGCAAUGGCUUUGCAACUCAGCACCACCAUGAGACCGAAGAGGCCGUGCUUCAACGGUUGUACAAGGACAUGGAGGGACUGCAGCCAUCAAAUAGCAUGCCGAGCACGCGCACGAACACGCAACCUCCCAGCCCCAUUCUUCAGAAACGAUUGCCGUCCAAUUACAACCAUUUCCAAGAAGUCCCGCGGCCGAAGCGAUCGUCAAGCCCUCGUCCUCAGGUGCCCUUUGGAGUGAUACCCAUUGAGCCGACACCUGUUGCCUCUGACGAAGAAGACUCAUCAUCAGACGACUCGGCAAGCCCCAGAGAAAGGGCUCCCAAGCGACGUCGCACCCUUGCUGGCGAAAACGGCUUCCAAUCCCACAAGCUCGGUUCCGCCGCUUCCGCUGCCGCCGCAGCGCCUCGCGCCGCUUCUUUUAGCGUAGCCCAGAGCAAGAAGCCCAAGGACGUAUCCAUCAGCGUACCGUCGGCAAAGCGCAAGGCGUCGAGCACGCAAAAGCCGACGCGCGAGAAUCUCUCCGAAGAGCAAAAGCGGAAUAACCACAUUUUGAGCGAGCAGAAGCGGCGCAACCUGAUCAAGCAGGGCUUCGAAGAGCUCAACGAAUUGGUUCCGGGGCUGAAAACGGGCGGCUUCAGCAAGAGCAGCGUUCUCAUGGAGGGCGCGAAGUUCCUGGAGACCCUGGUGGACGGCAACGAGAUUCUCAAGCGCGCGCUGGGCGAGGUAUGA